CAGGCGGGACUCGAGCUAGGUGAGGACAAAUCUUCACACAGAAGUAAUACUGGAAAGAGUCAAACCCAGGAAGCAUCUGGAGUGUCAAGAUGCUGUCCAGACCAAAGCCAGGGGAGUCAGAGGUGGACCUGUUGCAUUUCCAGAGUCAGUUUCUUGCAGCUGGUGCAGCCCCAGCAGUGCAGUUGGUGAAGAAAGGAAGUAGGAAAGGUGGUGAUGCUAACCCAGACCAGCCUCCACUGCAGGAUCAUCGAGAUGUGGUGAUGCUGAAUGAUCUCCCAGAUUUACCACCAGCUUUGGUUCCUGCUCCCCCAAAGAGAGCCAGGCCCAGCCUUGGCUGCCCCCUGCCUGAGGAUGAGGACCCUGAAGAGAAGCUAAAUAGGCAUGAUCAGCACAUCACUGCUGUCUUGACCAAGAUUAUUGAACGAGAUACAAGUUCGGUGACUGUGAAUCUGCCUGUGCCCAGUGGUGUUGCUUUCCCCCCUGUAUUCCAUCGCUCACAAGAGAAACAGGGGAAGCUGGUAAUAUCUGGUAAGAGAAGUAUCUUUGCCCAGGAGAUUGCAGCCAGGAGAGUGUCUGAAAGUAGGGUUUUAUCAGCUGGGGAAGUUGUGCCCAACCUGGACCCACCAGAGAGUGCUGUGGCCUGUGAGGCACCCACUCCUAGGGACCAGGGUGACCAGAUUCUGGGGAGCAGCCACAGCUUUCAGGGACCCCAUCUGAUCACAGGGAAGGGGCUCAGAGGCCAGGAGGCUGAACAAGAAGUCCAGACCAUCCACAAAGAGAAUAUAGCAAGACUGCAAGCCAUGGAUCCUGAGGAGAUUCUGCAGGAGCAACAGCGAUUGCUGACUCAACUUGACCCAGGCUUGGUUGCCUUCUUGAGAUCUCACAGCCGCACCCAUGAGCAAGAGGGACAGAAGGCCACCAAGGAACAGAAGCCAGGAGAACCCUCAGUUCCUGUCACCAAAGAGGAGCCCAACAAGUCAGUUUCUGCUAGUGAACCAGGCAAAGAGGACAAGCUAGAGCCAGGAGCCCCAGCGCUGACACUGCCUGUGACCCCCCACAAAGAAUGGCUACACAUGGACACUGUUGAGCUGGAGAAGCUUCAUUGGACCCAGGACCUUCCCCCACUCCAGUGGCAGCAGACACAGGAGAGAAUGCAGGCCCGUUUCAGUCUUCAGGGAGAGCUGCUACCCCCUGAUGUGGAUCUACCCACUCAUCUAGGCCUGCACCACCAUGGAGAGGAGGCAGAGAGAGCAGGGUACUCUCUACAGGAGCUGUUCCACCUGACCCGUAGCCGGGUGUCCCAACAGAGAACACUAGCACUGCAUGUCUUGUCCCAGGUCAUUGGCAGGGCCCAGGCUGGUGAGUUUGGGAACCAGCUAGUGGGAAGUGUUUUACAACUCCUUUUGGAUGCUGGUUUCCUCUUCUUGCUGCGCUUCUCCCUGGAUGACAGAGCAGAUGGAGUCAUUGCAGCUGCUGUGCAGGCUCUUCGGGUUCUGUUGGUGGCACCUGGAGAUGAGGAGCUCCUUGACCGUACCUUCUCGUGGUAUCAUGGAGCUUCAGUGUUCCCUCUGAUGCCCAGCCUGGAGGACAAGGAAGAUGAGGGUGAGGAUGAAGAACCCCCAAGAGAAAAGGCAAAAAAGAAGAUGCCUAAGGAAGGACACCGACCUCCACCUGACUUGGCAUAUGAUGUCAUCAAGGGACUCCUGGCUACCAACCUGCUGCCUCGGCUACGCUAUGUGCUGGAGGUGACCUGCCCAGGACCCACUGUGGUCCUUGACAUCCUGGCUGUGCUUAUCCGCCUGGCCCGGCAUUCCUUGGAGUCAGCCACAAGGGUUCUAGAGUGCCCACGCCUGAUAGAGACCAUAGUUCGAGAGUUUCUGCCCACCUGCUGGUCCCCCAUGGAGGGAGGGCCUACCCAUAGUCUACACAAAGUGCCUUGUGCCGCUGCCAUGAAACUACUUCGAGUCCUAGCCUCAGCUGGUAGGAAUAUUGCUGCCCGACUGUUGAACAACUUUGAUCUCCGGAGCCACCUGUGCCGCUUCAUAGCUGAGGCUCCCCAAGAACUCUCCUUGCCCCCAGAAGAAGCUGAGACACUUAGCACUGAGGCUUUUCGUCUGUGGGCUGUGGCUGCCUCCUAUGGCCACUGCAGUGAGCUUUACAGGGAGCUGUACCCAGUGCUCAUGCGAGCCUUGCAGACUGUGCCAACAGAGCUCAGCAGUCACCCGCUGCAGCCAUUGUCCAUGCAGCGGAUAGCUUCCUUGCUUACUCUCCUCACCCAACUGACCCUGGCAGCUAGCAGCACCCGCUGUGAACUCACCAGUGACCCUGCUGAAGUCUACCUGUCAGCCCCCACUUCCUCAGUCACUUGGACGCAGGUAUCUGGACUCCAGCCUCUUGUGGAGCCAUGUCUAAAGCAGGCCUUGAAGUUGCUUCCCAGGCCUGAGAUGUGGUGUGCCCUGGGCCCAGUGCCCACUUCCUGUCUGCUGUUUCUGGGUGCCUACUAUCAGACCUGGAGCCAACAGCCAAGCUUGUGCCCAGAGGACUGGCUUCAGGACAUGGAGCGCCUGUUGGAGGAGCUGUUGUUGCCGCUGCUGAGUCAGCCCCCUCUGAGCAGCAUGUGGGAUUCCCUCAGGCAAUGCUCCCUUCUUUGUAACCCGCUGUCCUGUACUCCGUCUCCUGAAGCUCUCUCAAGUCUCGUGUCUCUGGGCUGCGCAGGAGGUUGCCCGCCUCUCAGUCUGGCUGGCUCAGCCUCACCCUUCCCGUUCCUCACUGCCCUCCUCUCUCUUUUCAACACCCUGGCCCGGAUCCAUAAGGGCCUCUGUGGACAGCUGGCUACUGUGUUGGCUGCCCCAGGACUCCAGAACUACUUCCUCCAGUGUGUGGCUCCUAGGACUGCCCCACACCUCACACCGUUCUCAGCAUGGGCCCUGCACCAUGAAUACCACCUGCAGUACCUGGUGCUCUCCCUGGCCCAAAAAGUGGCAGCAUUCCAGCCAGUGCUGAUCACCAAUGCUGCCCUUUAUCAUGCUGUGGCCUUGGCCUUGAUGAGCCGACUGCUGCCCGGAAGUGAAUACCUUGCCCAGGAGCUGCUGUUAAGCUGUGUAUUCCGCCUGGAAUUCCUCCCAGAAAGUGCAUCCGGGGGUCCAGAAGCAGCUGACUUCUCCGAUCGACUAUCCUUAGGGAGCAGUGGGGACCCUCAGUGUGGGCGAGGAGCUCUUCUAGUUCAGGCCUGCCAGGACCUCCCCAGCAUCCGCAGCUGCUACCUAACCCACUGCUCACCAGCCCGAGCCAGCCUUCUGGCCUCCCAGGCCUUGCACCGAGGAGAACUACAACAAGUCUCAACUCUGCUGCUACCUGUACCUAAGGAGCCUCUGCUGCCUGCUGACUGGCCCUUCCUGCCAUUGAUUCAGCUCUACCACCAAGCUUCUGACACUCCCUCAGGGGUUCCUCCUGCUGACACCCUGGGCACAGCCAUGCGGGUCCUGCAGUGGGUGCUGGUUCUAGAGAGCUGGCGCCCUGAGGCCCUCUGGGCUAUGCCUCCUGCUGCCCGCCUGGCACGGCUCAUGUGUGUGUUCCUGGUGGACAGUGAGGUGUUCCGAGAGACCCCAGUACAGCGUCUAGUGGCAGCCCUCCUAGCCCGGCUUUGUCAGCCUCAAGUCCUACGAAACCUCUCCCUGGACUGCCCAUUACCUGGCCUGACGUCUUUCCCUGACCUAUAUGCCAGCUUCCUGGAGCAUUUUGAAGCUGUCUCUUUUGGGGAUCACCUCUUUGGAGCCCUGGUCCUCCUUCCCCUGCAACGUCAAUUCAGUGUCACCUUGCGCCUUGCCCUCUUUGGGGAGCACGUGGGAGCCUUGAGAGCUCUGGGCCUACCUCUGAAUCAGUUGCCUGUGUCCCUGGAGUGCUAUAUAAGCCCUCCUGAAGACAACUUGGCCCUCCUUCAGCUCUACUUCAGGGCCCUUGUUACUGGUGCACUCCGUCCACAUUGGUGUCCUGUACUCUAUGCUGUGGCUGUGGCUCAUGUUAAUAGCUUCAUCUUCUCCCAGGACCCAAAGAGCUCAGAUGAAGUGAAGGCUGUCCAAAGAAGUAUGCUGCAGAAAACUUGGCUGCUGGCAGAUGAGUGUCUCCGGCAGCACCUCCUCCACUAUAAGGUUCCCAGUUCCAGCCUCCCAGAAGGCUUUGAGCUCUAUUCCCAGUUGCCCCCGCUGCGGCAGCAGUACCUCCAGAGAAUGGCAUCAGGUAUACUACAGAAUGGAGUAUCAGAGACCUAGGACAGUUGCUUCAGAUGAGGAAAUGGACACAUUCUCCUGGGGCUUACCAGUGGUCACCUGGUUGGACAGAAAAGCAUCACUUCCUAGGGGAAAGCAGGACACAACGGAGCAGAAAGCUUCCUGUCCAGACAGCAUGUUAUUUGAGCUAUUUUAAAACAGAAUGGCCCUUGCUGUUACAUCCUGGUACCUGGAGCUCAAGAUCUGGGGCUUCUGAGGGCCUGUGCUGGGGAUGCAGGGUGAUUUAGUUGUUUACCCCCUCUUUUGAGAUAGAACAUUCUAAGUACAUCUCAACUACUCCCAGUCCCCACCCCAGACCAAAGUAUAUAAAUGCUAUGUAGUGCAUUGAAAUAAAUUCUUUUUUGGUUUCCUGA